AACCGUUAAUUUUACUACGCGAAAAUUGUGCCUGGCUACGCUAUGCAAGAAAUUUAAGCAGACGACAUUUACCGCCUGUGUAUGCGAUAUGCAAACAUUGCGGAAGUAUUAGUAAACAGCUUCGGUGAUGGCGAAUACAGUCAGAAAUCCGUCAACCCCGUACGUGGGCCCCAUUUCUGUGGGUAUGACAGAUGGCGCCACUAUCCACGUGAGGGGUACCACGGAAAGGCACCAUGCUGGAUUCUUGAUCAGCCUGCAGUGCGGUGGAAGUACGGACCCUAGGAGCGACUGUGCAUUGGCCUUCAACCCUCGCUUCAACGAAAAACAGGUGGUCCGGAACAGUCUCCAGAGCAGCGCAUGGGGACCGGAAGAGCGCCACGGAGGUUUCCCCUUCCGGCACGGAGCUUCUGUUAACGUGUCUAUCGUGGUUCAUGCGGGACACUACACGGUGAAGGUGGAUGGUAACUAUUUCUGCGACUACAACCACCGCAUCCCGCUACACCGGGUAAGCCACAUCUCCGUGGAACAGGGGAUCCGCAUCAGUGAGAUCGUCUUCGAGGCGGCGCCCAUGGCAUAUCCACAUCAGGCGACUGGAUAUCCCGGCGUGGGACCUGUUGGGCCGAUCCUUAAUCCGCCGACUCCGUUUGUUCACAACAUGGGGUCGAUCCAUCCGGGCAAAAUGAUCUUCAUCAGUGGUAUCCCCAAUGCCAAACCAAGCAGAUUCAACAUUAACGUCGAAAGCUCGCCCGAUGGACCAGAUAACGCCUUCGUGUGCGACUUCCGGUUCAACUUCGGUUCAGAUCGUAACGUGAUUGUGCGCAACUCGAAGCAGAACAAUAACUGGCAAGCAGAAGAACGUGCUGUCAGUUAUUUCCCCGUGGCCCCGAAUGCCUUCUUUGAGAUGAUUAUCCUUGUGGAACAGUACUGCUUUAAGGUCGCCGUGAACAAUAACCAUCUUUUGGAAUACAACCACAGACUUCAGCCACUGGGAAAAUUCACGUUUCUGAGAAUCGACGGCGACGUGAGAAUCACGCAAGUGCGCUUCCAGUAAGGUCACUGACAUCAUUACGUUUCACAAAAUAUGUAUAUUAAAUCAAUCAUACAUGUGUAAAACAAUUCUUCGGAUAUUAAGAUGUUAUGCACGUAUUAGUGUGAUUUAUUUUGUUGAUUGCAAUCAUGUUAAGUGUAAACAUGUUAUCUGAUUAAUAAAUAGUAGUCAAUAGAUAUAUGUGACUAAAAUAUGAAAAAAGAGAGUACGUCACAUCCCAUGCAUUUUUGUUUGCUACUGAAAUUGUUUUGAACUAUGGUGCAUUUAUAGUCAUCGUUUAUCGAAUGUAAUUCUUUUCAUUAAUUGCAUAAUUUCUAUAUUUCUAGACCUUUAAACGGAUUAUAUACUAUGUGUAUUUCCUAAGUAUAUUACAGGUUCACAAUAUGAUAGAUCUGUUUUCUUUAUCUGUUUGCAUUGGUUCAAUUAUGUUGCCAAUCUCACGUAAUUGAUACAAUUUUAUUAUUGAUCAAUUGUAUACAACAAGACACCUUCGAGUCGUUCUCCUGGUAAGAACAUGCAAUACUUUAUGUCUUUAGAUGUUUAGAACACUAAUAAUUAUGAAUGGAGAGAAGUAGAGAACGGCUGACAACCUAGCUAUUACACAUCUCAUCAAAAUAUGUAAAUCAUGGACAUUUCUGUCAUUGUUUUGAAAGUUAACGUUAAAAUAAAGAGAAGAAGAUAG